AAGCUGAAAUGCAGAAGUAAAAAAAUCCAUUCUGAGAGAUGAAGAAUCAUAAAAUCAUAAGCCUGAAAGGGACCAAAAAUCAUGAAGAAAACCCUUUUCUCGAGGAAAAAUUAUUUGUGAACCUGUCUGGCAUGCUCCUUAGGAGUCAUUCUGUGAUCUUGCAAUGCGCUUCUGGGAUCUUCUCUCGUCAUUGUUGCUUGUAAGGCAGCUUUAAAUUAAUGAUAAGGAAGCCAUUCAGGGCAUGGGCUGUGCUGAGGUUCACAGCUUUCAUUCUGAAUGAGAGAUUAAAGUAAACUGAUAUUGAAAGCAAGGAGGGAGAAACAAACACAGUCACUAAGCCUAUAAAGUCUUAGCCAAUUGCGAUGGCGAACAUCCUGCUGGCGAGGGUGACCUUGGAUGAACUAAGUGGGAUAAAGUCACCAGCCUGGACUGACGGCUGAAGAAUCAGGCUGGAUUCCAGCAAACAGAGAGCAGGUUCCUGACAAGAGUCUUCUGAGCUGUGGCAAUGGCUUCUCGGUGUCGGAAAUGUGGACAACAGGUCCCCAGGAAUCUGCCUUUCACUGCUGUCCGGAUAACAGAGGGAGAAAUGAAAUCUUACCAUGAUUUUAUAGGAGGAUGCAUUAGGCUGGAGCGCAUGGCAAAGAAAGAUGAAAUCAUGCAGCAGGAGAUACGGCCGUUGGUAGCAGUGGAUAUAAUAGAGCAGCUCCACAGGCAAUUUGCUAUCUUGUCAGGAGGAAGAGGGAAGGAUGGGGCACCCAUUAUAACCUUUCCAGAAUUCGCAGGAUUCAGUGAAAUACCUGAUGAAGAUUUUCUGAAUGUGGUCACGUAUCUAACCAGCAUUCCCAGUCUGGAGGCUGCCAGCAUCGGAUUCAUCAUCAUCAUAGACAGACGACGGGACAAAUGGAGCGCAGUCAAGGCAUCCCUGACACGGAUAGCAGGAGCAUUUCCAGGAAACUUGCAGCUGGUGUUUGUCCUGAGACCCUCCCGCUUUAUCCAAAGGGCGAUCGCUGACAUUGGCAUUAAACUCUAUCGAGAUGACUUUAAAAUGAAGGUACCGAUCAUCAUGUUAAACUCUGUCUCUGAUCUGCAUGGCUAUAUUGACAAAAGUCAGCUGACCCGGGAGCUGGGAGGAACUCUGGAGUACGGCCACAGCCAGUGGAUCCACCACCGAACUGCUAUUGAAAACUUUGCAAUGACAGUAAAAACAACAGCACAGAUGCUACAGACCUUUGGAACAGACUUAGCAGAGACUGAACUUCCCAACGAUGUGCAGUGCACAGAGGAGCUCCUCUCCGCACACACCGACCACCACAGCAAGCUGAAGGAUGAGCUGAAACUAGCAGUGAAGCAGGGGGCCACCCUGCUGACAUGCAUUCGGGAGCCAGUCACCCGAAGUGCCAACAGCAAACUCAGUCCAGAUGAACUGGAAAAUGUAGCCACAGUAGAAAGGUUGUUGGCUCAGUUGGAUGAAACAGAAAAGGCUUUUGAUCAAUUUUGGACCAAACAUCAUCUAAAACUAGAACAGUGCCUGCAGCUUCGACACUUUGAACAUGAUUUUAGAGAGGUAAAACUGACAUUGGAUAACCUCAUGGAAGCACAAGCAGGUUUUGCUGACAUUGGGGACAGUGUGACUCGAGUGGAGCACCUCCUAAAGGAACAGAAACAUCUGGAAGAGAAAGGACAGGAACCUUUGGAGAAGGCUCAGUCUCUAGCUCUUCAUGGAGAACAGCUCAUCCAAAACAAUCAUUAUGCAGUUGACUCCAUUAGACCAAAGUGUGUUGAACUCAGGCGGAUUUGUGAUGACUUUACCAAUGAGACCAAGAAAAAGUAUGAUAUUUUGGGAAAGUCUCUUGAGCUGCAUAAGCAGUUAGAUAAGGCAAGCCAAUGGUGUGAAGCUGGAAUCUACCUCUUAGCUUCCCAAGCUGUGGACAAGUGCCAGUCACAAGAGGGAGCUGAAACUGCACUCGUUGAAAUUGAGAAGUUCCUGGUAACAGCCAAGGAACACCAGCUCUCUAACCCAAAGGAGUUCUACAAUCAGUUUGACAUGAUCCUCACCCCUGAAAUAAAGGCCAACGCCCAAAGAAUUGUACAAAAACUUGAAGAUGUACAAGAAAUGUUUGACAAGAGGCAAGUAAGUUUGAAGAAGCUGGCAGCCAAACAGACCCGGCCAGUACAACCUGUUGCUCCACAUCCUGAAUCUUCCCCAAAACGAGCAUCACCAAAGAUUACCAGGCCAGCAGCAGUAGCUACCAACAGGAGGUCCACCGAAAUUUCCUGCCCUCCAAAGACAGUUUCUGAAGUAGAGUUAUCAAAAAAGAAAAGCAUUAAGAAGACUAAAGGUGGAAUUAAGAUUGAGGUGAUGCAUGAAGCAAGUCAAGGAGGAUCUAGCAGAGUCCUGGUGACCAGUGAGAGUGAUGAGAACUUGUCAACAAGGAGGAGCCACAUAAUCAAUGAGCUGAUAGAAACAGAACGGGUUUAUGUAGAAGAACUUCAAAGUAUAAUAGAGGGGUACGCUUCAGAAAUGGACAAUCCCAAUUUAUUACACCUGAUUCCAUCUGCACUUCAAAACAAGAAGGAAAUUCUUUUUGGGAACCUCCCAGAAAUCUACGAAUUCCACAACAGGAUUUUCCUUAAGGAGAUAGAAAAUUGCAUUGAAAACCCUGAGCUUCUUGCCCGAUGCUUUUUAAAAAGAAAAGAGGACCUCCAAAUAUAUGAAAAGUACUGUCAGAACAAACCAAGAUCUGAAGCUCUCUGGAGACAGUGUGGAGACAGCAUCUUUUUUCAGGAAUGUCAGCGUAAAUUGGAUCAUAAACUCUCACUAGAUGCUUAUCUCUUAAAGCCAGUCCAGAGAAUCACCAAGUAUCAGUUGCUGUUAAAGGAAAUGCUGAAGUGCAGCAAGAAUUCAGAGGGUACUGCUGAAUUGGAAGAAGCCCUGGCCACGAUGCUUGAUAUCAUCAAAUCAGUAAAUGAUUCCAUGCACCAGAUAGCAAUCACAGGAUAUGAGGGCGAUGUCAGUGAGCUUGGCAAGCUGUUGAUGCAGGGUUCCUUCAACGUGUGGACCGACCACAAGAAGGGGCACAACAAGGUGAAGGACUUGGCUAGAUUCAAACCAAUGCAGAGACACCUCUUCCUCUAUACAAAGAUGCUGCUUUUCUGCAAGAAACGGGAGGAGAACACAGAUGGCCAUGAGAAGACAGCUUCGUACAGCUUUAAAAAUUCAUUAAAGAUGAGCACUGUGGGCAUUACAGAAAAUGUGAAAGGGGAUAACAAGAAGUUUGAGAUCUGGUAUAAUGGCAGAGAAGAGGUCUAUAUCAUUCAGGCAUCUUCUGUUGAGCUGAAAAACACCUGGAUUUCAGAGAUUCGCAAAGUCCUGACAGGACAGCUGGAAGCGUGUAGAGCAAGUCAACUGCACCAAAGAAUCACUGAGAGUGUAUACCAUGCACCGAUGGAUUCCAAUGCAAGCAGGUAUAGCAGGAAGUCAUCAAGUAUUUAUGAAAACAAAUCUGAGACAUCAAAUGUGGAAGCAUCUAACAAUAAAAACAGGAAUUCCAGUCCCAGCGCCAAACAAAAGAGAGUUGAUGCUUCCACCAGCCUUAACCUUGAGCGCACAGCGCUUGCUAGAAAGCGAUUCACAUUGCAAGGUCUUUCCAACCGCAGAGCUCCACCCAAAGAUCCAGAGUCUAAGGACAGAGAAGUUACCCGUCGCUUUUCCCUUGCCUCCUCCAUCAGCACCACAGUUAAUGCUUCUGCUGUGACCAAAGGUCCCCUUGUUCCUGCAGUUAAAGUCAAGAGACAUGAAAUAAAGAGUGACCCAACUCCCCUGGGGUUUGAAGAUGCUUUUGAGAACACCAUAUUGGCCCAGACUAACUCUAAUACCGGUUCCACCAUGAGAUCCGUACCUAGAUCUGCUUCACAGACAGGUUGGCCCAGCAGGCAAAUGCCUUCUCUAGACACAUUUGAAGAUUUUGAAGCCAUCCCUUCCAGUAUGGAUGAACUCUCGAACUCCUCUGACUUGGAGGAAGAGACCAACCCUAACAAUGGGAGCAAUCUUUUUCGGGUAGAAGGCAGCUUUGACAGCUGUUUCCCAGAUUCUCUGACUCUCGAGGAUGGAGAUUUGGUGCAGUUUGUGCAGGAAGGAGAGAACGGUCAAUGGUUAGUGAAGAAACUGGUCUCUGAGAAAAGUGACUGGGUUCCUUCCAGUAUAUUGCAGCCAGCAGAGGGGGACAGUAACAACAUAAUUAAGAACAGCAAUGCAGACAUGUACAACGAUUCCUGCAGUACAGCCUCAGUAGAGUCAGACACGAAGGAAAGUGAGGUGGCCAAAAGCUUCCCAGCAGAACAGAGGGCUGGCAGCUGAACAGCAGGACCAGCCUUCCUCAGGACCCCAUCCAUCUGUCUUUAUUUUGGGUGGACACUGGAUCAAAGUUGCCUUUCUCACAAGCUCUGAGGUUCACAAUUCACUAAAACUUUAUCACCAUGAACAGAUGAGAACUGUGCUGUCCACCUGGCAAGCUGGAAAAAACAAACUUGAAAGGAGCAUUAAACAUCCAGAAAACAUCAAACCUACCUUCAGUGUUAGAGGAGAAAAAUGCUUCUUGCAUUGGUUAUCAGUUUCAGAAGAUGUGGCCUAAAUUAGGUCGACAGCAGAGCUGAGGAGUUUCUAUGCACGCACCUUUUGGCAACUUUGCUUGACCACACGUCACUGCACGGGGCACGGGAUGGUUACGAGUUCUUGCUCACCUGGACGUUUUUCCAUUUGCUUGCCUCUGGCUGUGCCUUCCCUGUCCUCCUUAAUUCCAGCUGAUAUGUCAUCACAAACGUGCCCUUUUUGCUAUGGUCAACACCAAAAACAUCCAAUUUUAGGGUGGCUGGGGAAAGGAACCUUCUGACUGGGACCAUCAGAGAGGCUCCGCGCAGCAGUGACGUGACUCCCUCGCGAUGGCACUGCUGCACACAGCAUCCCACAGCUUGGAAUGAUGCAGGUGGCAGCUCCUGGCUAUGACACGGAGGUGCAGGGCUUAGCAGGGAAGUAAAGAUGUGUAACAGCUACUGUGACAAAGAACAUUUUGAACUGUUUUUACAAUCUAAGUCAUUCCUCUGCCCCCUCUGCAGUCCUGGUUGCUGGAUCACAACUCUUUGCAUUUGGUGCCAAGAAUUCAAUUGAAUGCCAUUUACUGUCACAUGUUUGAGUAGACUGCAUGCUUUCCUUGUGUGCUGGGCUAUGAGUAGAUACAUUUCACCCCCCAUUUGGAAUAUACUUAAGCAUUGCAAAUAGGCAGUGAGCAUUAGAGUGGAUAAAGUGUUGUUGUUAAAUACUUCUUUCCAGGACAUUUGAUUAAAGGACUGUACCAAAUCUCUGCCACAUAAGGAUGUAAUGUAUAAUAUAAAGUGAUUAGAGAUGUUAUUAUUCCUAUACAAGCCAUUAGCUCAUUUAGAGCAGCUGUUAAGGCAUGAAGGCAUUUUGAUGGUAAUUGGGUCUUAGGUCCCACAAAAGCUGCUAAUACUAUAGUAAAGAUAAGUAUUGACUAGGUUUGCAAACAGGCAAAGAUCAAUCUGGUAAAAAUGACCCUAGAAGAAGCUCAAGAGUGAGUGAGUGGCUUUCACUCUUAGGGAUGUUUUGUUGAACCCUCAGUGGUGCUUUAUGUAAAUAACAAAGGGGACGAAAGCACUAAAAAUGGAGAUGAAGCAAAACCAAAACCCACUCUUUACUAACUAAGGCUCUGAGCAAAACAGUAGGUGUCUGUCUCACCUCUGCUAUCACCUUUGCAGGGACCUGAAUGUUUUUCUUUUUGUCUCAGUGGAGGCUGGUGUUGCAAAUAUCUUAGUGUGUGUGUCAGGAUAGCUGUGACACAGGUAGAUAGUCCCAUUCGAGUAGGUAAAGGCUUAUUCAGAUUUUUUUUGCCUGUGAAACCAUUGCUUGAUUAUGAUUUGCACUGUGGUGAUUAAUUCCCAUGGCUCUUCUAACCCUCCAUAUCUGAUCCCUGUGAUUUUGGACAUUUUCCGUUCACGACUAAAGGACCUGAGAGUUCUGUAUCUUUUUGGAAAAUGAUUUUGUCCUAUAGAGAGUGGAGCUUACCUGUUUUGUGCUGGUCAUUUACCUCAGAAAUGACACAUAGGCUCUCAGGAACAUGAAUCCUCUUGGUCUACAGUAGUUCUCAGCAUCUUAAGGGAAGAAUUCAUUCCUUUCAGGAAUGAAACAUGUGGUGAUGUUUUCUUGUAGUGCAAUUCCUUUAUCCUCUCCCUAAAAUGAGUCCAUUCUGGUUUCAGUAAUUUUUGCAGUGCUGCUGUCUACUCCUGCCCUAAGCAUAGGAGAGGGAAGGGUAGGGAGCAUUGAUUGCAUGUUAAUAAGUACAGUAAGCUUUUGUGUGAGGGAGAGAGAGAUGGGGAAGGGUUAUCCUGGGUAUAUGAAACUGCCAAAAUGAAGAUUUGUGGCAUUGCUGAGAGAUGGAAUGAUGAAAACCUGCACUUUGGAGUUUUCUUUUUGAGGAAUCUCAUUCUUAUGGUGAAAUGGCAGUGGGAAGUCUCUGUUUGAUCUGAGGAUGAGAAAUCAGAUACUGCCAGUCCCUUUCCUACCUCUGCUGUGAGCAGGGUGACAGUGUGCAAGUCCUAUAUCCCCUAUAUCCCUGCAAUACCCUCCUGUAAAAUGGGAGCUAUUGAAUUUCCCUCCUGUUGAAUUAUGAUGCUAAAUUUUACCAUGUAUGCAAAAACUGGGGACCCUUCAGGGGAAAGUGAAGUUUUGAACCCCAUAUGUCCCACUGUGCCCUCCAUGAGUGCCAGUGGCAGCACCCUGUGGAGCAGCCUAGAGCUGGAGCAGGGAAGAGGAUUGCUGACGAAAUGUCUCCUCUCCCAGCUCACCAUCUCAUUGUGACAACUGCAAAGGUAUGGGCUGGAUUAUCACAAUUCUCCUCCCUACUUUGCUUUUGAAAACAUUUUUUUUUUCCCCUAAAAAAAUGUUUUAUCCUGCUAGACCAAAGUUUGAGUCACUCCUGCUCCACAAGUGUCCUGAAGAUGACAGGUAACUCUCUGCCCCACUGCUACUCAGCAGUGGCACAGCACUCUGCUCCUUGGGAGCUGACUGUGCCACAGCUACUCAGACACACUGAACCUGAGCAGGGAGCCCACAACUAUUAAUUGUGUCUUUAACCCUCCAGCAGUGCCGGUGAGCCAGAGGCAGCUCCUUGUUUCUGUCUCCACGUUCCAAACCCAGAGCACACAGCAGCCCUGGCAGCUGCUGCUGGGCAGUGACCAGGCCCUCUGUCAGGGAGACAGGGUUUGAUUCGAGAAAGAACAAAGUUCAGGGGCAGAUCAGGCUGCUGACAAGUCCAGGAGCAGCCCAUAAAAAGUAACUCUCUGGCUUUGCUGAUGAGACAAAAUGGGGUUUGAUGACUUUUUGUUUUGUUUUGUUUUUAAAGGGUAGACAGGAUAGUCUUUUAAUUAGUGUAUUUCUGUCAAGCAAGGUGAUAAUUAAGGGAAUGGCUUUCCAUGUACAGUCUAGAUUAUGAUUUGGUAAUGUCCAGCAAGACUAAUGCCUAUGUUAAGGUACACUUUGUAUGUAGGCCUUUGACACUAUCCUUUUCAGGUAGACACACCUAAAAAUCAUAGUUUUCAAAUACAGAUUUCAUUUCAGUGUUGUUUGGAGAUUAUAUAGUGACCAGAAAGUAAUUUAAAAGUAACAGCUGCCACUAAGUUUUGGUUGUAGAAGACACAAGAUCCCAGGUAAAUCUGGGCUGUAGCAGCACUUGUGGCUGAGCAGUGCCCUUGCUGCUGGACCAGUGAGUCCGUGCCAGCUGCCUGCUCUGCUCUGGGGCUGUGCUGGUGAGCCCUGCCCUCCGGGCUCAGGGUCCCCUCUGCUCUGCUGCUCUUCUGUGAAACUUGCAGGAACUUCACAUCCUCAGAACUGCCCUCUGCUCAGGCAGCUGCAGGUGGGCAGCACAGUCCUUCCUCACCAGCGGCAAAGAGCCGGGCAGUUGCCAUGACACACAAGUCUUGAUUUUAGUAAACCAGGUUAACAUUUAAUCAGGGCUCAUCCUCUCCUCUCACCUCGAGCCCCACAGGAUGGAGAAUCACACCAAUGGUCGUUGUCUUGAUCAUAAACAGCUGCAGCCAAACCACCACGUCUGAGCUCCGGCUCUUCUUGCCAGUGACAGCAAAGCUGUGUGUGUGUGUGUGUCUUAUGAAAAGCCAUUUUAUUAUCUAUGAUUUUCUUAGACUCUUGAUAUUUCAAACAGGAUUGGGUAUGAGAAAGGCCAUGUGCUUCCUUUCCAAAAAUAUACUCAAAGACUUCAAAUAUAUAUAUGAUUAGAAAUAUAUAAAAAUAAGAAGAAAAAAGAGCCAAAAUGUGUAUUUCUUCUUGCAGCUGGAGCUGAAAUAGCUGCUAAGAUUUCCUCUCCCCAGCUGAGAAUUGGUACAGUUUGUUUUUCUUACAUGAUUUCCAUGGUGUUGAUAAUGAUGUAUUUGUAUAUCGUGACUGAUGAGAGAUAAUCAGACAGGGAAAGAGCACAGAAUUACCUGUCCUCUUUUCCAGUCAAGACAGAAUGUAUGAAUUUAUUACAAGAAAAAAGUGUGCAAAUGAACUUCCUGUAAUUAGGCCAUUCUGACCUGUGUAGAACCACACUUUGUUUGAAAUUUAUAAAAAUUAUAACUAGUA